UAGUUUUUGGUGUAUUUAAGGGAAGCGGAGUUUUGCGCGUAAAGGCGCCGCGCUCAGCAGGACCAACCUGCGCUCCGCUGCUGCGCUGCUUCGCGACAAAUCAAAGAAAUAAAGUCCAGAUUUGGGAAAUUUCUCUAUUUUCUUUUUAACAAAAGAAAAAAAAACGUUUUCCUCCAAUGCGCUCCUCCUCUCCUCUCCUCUCCUCUCCUCUCCUCUCCUCUCCUCUCCUCUGCGCUCCGCUCCGCUGCAGUGAUGUCAGCCGCUCUGGGUCAUUUGAAGGUCAGCAGCUCGGAGGUUCACCCAAAGUUCAGGCGCAUAAAUUAGGCGAUUCAAUCUUUCAGUCGGUGCCAAACUGGAAAUGAGGAGCAGAGAGGAGCCGCGGCUCUCCAAACACCUCCCUGCUGAAAGAACGAGGCUCCGCUCACAGCCGAACCGGGAGGAACCCGCCGCUGGCCGCCGGAGAGCCGGGCGCUCCUAGGAGAAGCUGCGGGACCGACAUCCUUCAGGAACCCGCUGCGGGACGGAGGAGGAGAAGGAGGAGAGAGAAAUCCGCUGCGCUGAGGAGGAGGAGGAGAGUGGAGGAGGAGGGGUGAAGAAGAGGAGUUAGAUGGAGUUGUGUUUCUGCGCAGAGCGCUCAGCAGUAGGAGAACAUGUUCGACUGCAUGGACCUGCUGGCCGUGAGUCCCGGACAGAUGCUGGACUUCUACACGUCCAGCUCCUCCUCCUGCAUGCUGCAGGAGAAAGCUCUGAAAGCCUGCAUCAGCGGCCUGGCGCAGCGGGACUGGAGGCAGCGGAGGAGCGCGCACUCCAUUGAAACGCAGAGCACCAGUUCCGAGGAGCUUGUCCCCAGCCCGCCGUCGCCGCCGCCUCCUCCCAGAGUCUAUAAGCCCUGCUUCGUCUGCCAGGACAAAUCCUCUGGGUACCACUAUGGCGUCAGCGCCUGUGAAGGAUGCAAGGGCUUUUUUCGGCGCAGCAUUCAGAAGAACAUGGUGUACACGUGUCACCGGGACAAGAACUGCAUCAUCAACAAAGUGACGAGGAACCGCUGCCAGUACUGCCGCCUGCAGAAGUGCUUCGCUGUAGGAAUGUCCAAAGAGUCGGUUCGAAAUGAUCGGAAUAAGAAGAAGAAGGAAAGUCCGAAGCCAGACCUGUCAGAGAGCUACGAGCUGACGGCUGAGCUGGAGACCAUCAUCGAGAAGAUCCGUAAAGCUCAUCAAGAAACCUUCCCGUCCCUCUGCCAGCUGGGCAAAUACACCACGAAGUCGAGUGCGGAUCACCGCGUCAGGCUGGACCUGGGCCUGUGGGACAAGUUCAGCGAGCUGGCCACCAAGUGCAUUAUCAAGAUAGUGGAGUUUGCCAAACGAGUGCCUGGCUUCACAGGGCUGACCAUCGCCGAUCAGAUCACGCUCCUGAAAGCGGCCUGCCUGGACAUACUGAUUCUACGCAUCUGCACCAGGUACACUCCUGAUCAGGACACCAUGACCUUCUCAGACGGACUGACCCUCAACCGGACACAGAUGCACAACGCUGGCUUCGGCCCGCUCACUGACCUGGUGUUCACAUUUGCCAACCAGCUGCUGCCCAUUGAGAUGGACGACACAGAGACGGGUCUCCUCAGCGCCAUCUGUCUCAUCUCCGGAGACCGCCAGGACCUGGAGGAGCCUUCCAAGGUAGACGAGCUCCAGGAGCCGCUACUCGAGGCUCUAAAGAUUUACGUGAGAAAGCGGCGGCCAAGCAAACCCCACAUGUUCCCCAAGACCCUGAUGAAGAUCACGGACCUGCGCAGCAUCAGUGCUAAAGGAGCUGAGCGGGUCAUCUCUCUGAAGAUGGAGAUUCCAGGUUCCAUGCCACCUCUCAUCCAAGAGAUGCUGGAAAACUCAGAGGGUCAAGAUGGUCAGACCAGCAACAGCAGCACAUCUGCUGAGGCUGAGGACAGCUUCAGCACCAAGGACAGCUCCAGUACCAAGGACAGGUCCAGCACCAAGGGUAGUUCCGGCACCAAGGAUAGUUCCAGCACCAAGGGUAGUUCUGGCACCAAGGACAGCUCCAGCACCAAGGGUAGUUCUGGCACCAAGGACAGCUCCAGCACCACGGACAGCUCCAGCGCUAAGGACAGCUCCAGCACCAAGGACAGCUCCAGCACUAAGGACAGCGCUGUAUUGGAGUCCCCAGAGUCAUCUGACCCUGACGACGUCUCAUCUUCUCCGUCCAGCAGCAGGCCGUAGGAGGCAGCAGGGCGCCGCUCCUGUUCCUUUGCACAAACAGUUCAGCCUGGAGGAGGAGCUCACUCCUGGGCUCCUCCUCCAGGAGGAGCUAA